AUGAUGGCUGAUCAAGGUGGUAGUAGUUUGAUAAGGGAAUAUAGGAAAGGUAACUGGACAGUUAGUGAGACGAUGGUCUUGAUUGAAGCAAAAAGAAUGGAUGAUGAGAGAAGAAUGAAGAGAAGUGACAGUGCAGAAGGGAGAAGUAAACCAACGGAGCUUAGAUGGAAAUGGGUUGAAGAUUAUUGUUGGAAAGAAGGGUGUUUGAGGAGCCAAAAUCAGUGUAAUGACAAAUGGGAUAAUUUAAUGAGAGAUUACAAGAAAGUUAGAGAUUAUGAGAGGAAAAUUGCUGAAAGAGGAGAAGGAAUUGAAGGGUCCUAUUGGAAGCUUGAAAAGAAUGAAAGAAAAGAGAGAAACUUGCCUAGUAACAUGUUGCCUCAGAUAUACGAGGCAUUAGUGGAGGUUGUGGAGAAGAGAGGCGGUCAACAAAGAUUGCUAACAGCAGCUGCUGGUGGGUCAGCUUCUGGUCCUAACAUAAGCUAUGUCGUAGAGAGACCAAUAACUGUUGUUCAGCCUUCGGUACUGCCUCCACUUUUGCAGCAUCAAGUCUCAGCUGCUCCAGUUCCGGCAUUACCUCUACCUCCACCUCCUCCUCCACCACCAUCACAACAACCACAAUCUCAACCACCCCCUCCAAUCCAAUAUCCUGAGCCAUAUCCCACAAUGUGUGAUAGCUCAGAUUCUGAUACAAGUGAGUAUUCAGACUCACCAGCAAAGAGAAGGAGAAGAGGCGGUGGAGGUGGGGAAGGAACUAGUGGUGCCACUGCCAGUGCAAGUACCUCACAAGAAGUGGGCACUGCCAUUUCCAAAAGUGCUUCGAUCAUUGCAGAAGCAAUUCAGGCCUGUGAUGAGAGAGAAGAAAGAAGGCACAGAGAUCUCUUGAGUUUGCAUGAGAGAAGACUCAAGAUUGAGGAAUCCAAGACAGAAAUCAACAGGCAAGGCAUUAAUGGUUUAGUUGAUGCCAUUAACAAGCUUGCUAAUUCCAUCCUUGCCUUGGCUUCUCAUAAGAACCAAUCUUCAGGUUCUAAAUAA